AUGAAAUCUAACUAUAAUACGUGCAGAGAUGAUUUCAAAGAUUACGCGGAUCUAUGUUUCGAAAAAUUUGGUGAUAGGGUAAAGCACUGGAUAACAAUCAACCAGCUUUACACAGUACCUACGCGAGGAUAUGCAUUGGGAACAGAUGCACCUGGUCGAUGUUCUCCUACGCAUGAUAUAAGAUGUUACGGCGGAAACUCGUCAACCGAACCCUAUAUCGUUGCACAUCACCAGCUUCUUGCUCAUGCCACGGCCGUGGAUCUUUACAGGACAAAAUAUAAGGACCAAGGAGGGAUGAUUGGACCUGUGAUGAUAACUAGAGGGUUUCUUCCGUUUGAUGACACUCCAGAGAGCAAAGAGGCAACUUAUCGGUCUAAAGAAUUUUUCCAUGGAUGGUUCAUGGAGCCGCUAACAAAGGGUAAAUACCCAGACAUCAUGAGGAAACUUGUGGGUGAACGGCUUCCAGAGUUCACCGAAACAGAAGCCAAACUUGUAAAGGGUUCAUAUGAUUUUCUUGGUCUCAACUAUUACUNUGUCAAGUUCACAGAUUUUUAA